GUCACGGAAGAAUUUCCUAGAUUGUUCUCACUCUGCCCACCAAAUAUAAAAAUUGAUCAUGUUUCUUGCAACUAUGAACUGUCCAACCCACCAUCUUUGUUGGCUUGGGGAUUACUGAUUAGUAUAUGUGUGAAAAUUCCAAAGAUCAGAGGUUCGAAGGUUGGUGGCAGAAUAAUAAGAUGAAGAACUAUAAUCUCUACAACGUGUUGUCCUACUUUAAAUUCCCAUUUCCCUAACAACUCAUCUUCAUAGCCUCCUGUCUCUCUCUCUUGGCAAGAACCACACUGCUUAUAGUUAUAGCAGAUGAUAUUUAUGGGUUUUCCAAGUUCUACCUUGGCUCCCUUUCUCACUCUGUUUCUGGUCUUCGUUGUGGCUAAUGGGCAGUCUUCGGUUCGUCCAUUUUUCAUAUUUGGGGACUCUGUUGUUGAUGUGGGGAACAACAACCACAUCUAUACCUUUAUAAAAGCAAACUUCCCUCCUUAUGGAAGAGACUUUGUUACUCACGAACCAACUGGGAGAUUCUGCAAUGGAAAGCUAGCCACAGACUUCAUUGCUGACAUGAUAGGCCUGACUUAUCCACCACCUUAUCUUAGCGGAAGAGCCAGAGGAACAAACCUCUUGAUUGGUGCCAACUUUGCCUCAGCUUCUUCUGGUUACUAUGAUGCUACAGCGAACCUAUAUCAUGCGAUCCCAUUGAGUAGGCAGCUGUUGUACUACAGAGAAUAUCAGAACAGGUUGGCUGCUGUUGUAGGGAGAUCAAAUGUUGCAUCAAUAAUAUCUCGUGCAAUCUUCCUUGUUAGUGCUGGGAGCAGCGACUUUCUUCAAAACUAUUACGUUAAUCCUCUUCUCUACCUGGCCCUUACUCCUGAUCGGUUCUCAGACCUUCUCAUACAAUCCUACAUGCGUUUCAUUCAGAGACUCUAUGCAUUGGGAGCAAGGAGAAUUGGAGUGACAACACUGCCGCCAAUAGGAUGCCUGCCAGCAGCUAUAACAAUAUUUGGGACGGGUAGCAAUGUGUGUGUGGAAAGGUUAAACAACGAUGCAGUUUCCUUCAAUUACAAGCUCAAUGCCACAUCUCGCUGGCUGCAAAACAACCUCCAUGACCUCAAACUGGUGGUCUUUGAUACCUACCAACCUCUCUACGAAAUUGUCACAAACCCUUCAAAAUAUGGGUUCUUUGAGGCAAGGAGGGCUUGCUGUGGAACAGGCUUACUAGAAACGUCAAUACUAUGCAAUCCACUAUCCGUAGGCACCUGUGCAAAUGCAUCAGAGUACGUAUUCUGGGAUGGUUUCCAUCCCUCGGACGCAGCAAACUUUGUUUUGGCUAACAGGUUGGCGCCGAGUGGCAUCUCCCUGAUCACCCAGUCACAUCGUUGAGAGCUGGGUUACCAUGAUUAUUGUGGUUUUAACUGCAACGUGGAUGGCAAAAGAUGGUAGAUUUAUAUGAAUAGAGAUCAUUUGGACCGAUUAUUAAUUAUACUAGUUGCGAGCCAUGCGCAAGAAAAAUCUUUAAUCUUUAAUCUUGUUUUUAAUCUUAUUGUGAAGUUAUUUGAAUGCGUUUAUUUUUUUAUUACUAGUUUUAAUGAAUUACAUAUAGUGUAAAGAAAAUGAAAUGUUAUAGAUGAAAGAUGAUGGGGUAUUUUCAGCUUUAAAAUUU